AUGGAGCAGAACAAUAUGACGCUUACUGGUUCGGAAGACAAUUCAAUGAACAAACUUGUAAAGGAACUUAAGUUGCAAUGUUACAAUAAAAAUAACACCAAUAGUGAAAUUAUUACCCAGAGACCCAUUGAAGAUACAGAGGACUUGCUGUUUUGUGAUCGGACAUUCGACGGGUUGAGCUGUUGGGACGAUACACCAGCUGGUGCAGUGGCAUUCCAAGCAUGCCCGAACUUUAUCGUCGGUUUUGACCCGAAGCGAAUCGUUUAUAAAAAUUGCUCUGAAAAUGGAACGUGGUUCGAACAUCCCGAGACGAAUAGGGAAUGGACCAAUUAUACAACAUGUGUCGACUCGGAAGAUUUACAGUUUCGCAGGAUUGUAAGUGAUAUUUACGUCUUUGGCUACUCGAUAUCUGUUAUUACAUUGGUGAUAUCGCUCAUCAUUUUUACGUACUUUCAAUCCCUCCGGUGCCCACGGAUACGUAUUCACAUGCAUCUGUUUAGCUCUUUCGCAAUAAACAACAUAUUUUGGAUCAUAUGGUACAGGACUGUCGUCAACAACGCAUCCGUUGUAGUGGAAAACGAGCCUUGGUGUCAAAUGUUACACAUUGUGACACAUUAUUUGAUGGUAACCGGCUAUUCAUGGAUGUUCUGUGAAAGUCUUUACUUGCAUCUUGCUCUUAUGAUGGUCUUCAUGAAUGACAAACUGGUAAUGAAAUUUCUUGUGAUUAUCGGUUGGGGUGUUUCAUUCCUCAUCGUGAUUGUCUACUCCACUGUACGAUUCUUCGUUUCUGGAGCUACCAAGAGAUGCUGGAUUGACGAAAGCGAAACUAUGUGGAUUAUAAUAGUGCCUGUCGCACUCUCACUUUUCGCGUCUGUAAUAUUUCUGGUGAAUGUUUUGCGGCUUCUAGUCGCGAAGCUACGCCCGGAUCCAAAUCAAGGCAUUUACGUUGCUACACGAAAAACAGCGCGAGCUGCUUUCCUAUUGAUACCUUUAUUCGGCUUACACUUCAUACUGGUUCCGGUCCACCCCCUGCCCAAGACUUCUGGUGAAUACUCCUAUCAGAUCAUCUCGGCUCUUCUGACCAGUUUGCAGGGCGCCUGCUUGUCAGUUCUGUUUUGCUUCACCAAUUCCGACGUCGUUGCAGCCGUCAAGCUUCAGUAUGCCCGCUACAUGAACACCAACAUGGAUAUUCCCAUGACUAAACAUAACUUUAUAGAGUUUUUACUCUUGUAUAGCCUCACGAUCCAGGAAUGCUGUAAGACAGAUGUACAGCGCCAACAAGAAGUGGAGCAGUGUCAAAAUUUAGCUCCUAAUAUCUUCUUAAUGAGAGAAGAGGCUUUACAAGAUAGUGGUAUCUUGUAUAACUUACAGAAGAACGUUAUAUUUUUAGCAAUAUGA